AUGGCCACGCCCCCUCUGGGCGUGGCUUACACCGCAGUGGGCGUGGCCUCGUACUGUGGGCGUGGCCUGGCCGCGAUAGGCGUGGCUUGUGGUGCUGCGGCCGUGGCUUGUUUUGCGGUGGGCGUGGCUUAUGCCGCAGUGGGCGUGGCUUGUAUUGUAGUGGGCGUGGUCUGGCAGCGUGGGCGUGGCCUGGCCGCGGUGGGCGUGGCUUGUGCGGCGGUGGGCGAGGCUUGUGCGGCGGUGGGCGUGGCUUAUGCCGCAUUGGGGGGGUCCCGGGGGGCUCCCCCGGCUCUGCUGCCGCUGCUGCUGCUGCUGCUGCCCGCGGGGGCCGCCCCCAAAUACGUGAGGGGCCGCAUCAGCACCAAGGAGGACUGGGUGUUCCUCACCCGUUUCUGUUUCCUGUCCGAUUUCGGCCGCCUCGAUUUCCAUUUCCGCUACCCCGAGGCCAAGUGUUGCCAGAACAUUCUGCUCUACUUCGACGACCCCUCCCAAUGGCCCGCGGUCUACAGGAGGGGGGGCAAGGACUGCCUGGCCAAGGAGGCCGUGAUCAGACCCGAGAACAACCAGGUGAUCAACCUGACCACGCAGUACCCCUGGUCCGGCUGCCAGGUGCUGCCGGGGGUCUCGGGGAGGAUCCUGAGCUGCUCCAGCGGCCGCAGUUUCCGCUCGGUUCGGGAGCGCUGGUGGUACGUGGCCCUCAGCAAGUGCGGGGGUGGGGGGCUGGAGCUGGAGUAUGAGCUUGUUCUGACCAACGGCGACUCCUUCUGGAGCCGCCACUUCUCGGCCGAUGAGUUCGGAAUCCUGGAGACCGACAUCACCUUCCUCCUCAUCUUCACCCUCAUCUUCCUCCUCUCCUGCUACUGCGGCUACCGGCUCAAGGGGCGGCAGCUCCUCCACACCACCUACAAGAUGUUCAUGGCAGCGGCCGGGCUGGAGGUUUUGAGCCUCCUCCUGAGCUGCGUCUACUGGGGCCAGUACGGCUGGGACGGGGUGGGGCACGGAGCCAUCAAACUCCUGGGGAAGCUCCUGUUCUCCAUCAGCUUCCUCAUCUUCCUCCUGAUGCUGAUCCUGCUGGGCAAGGGGUUCUCGGUCACCAGGGGCCGCAUCAGCCCGGGGGGCUCCGUCCGUCUGUCCGUCUACAUGACCCUCUACAGCAUCGCCCACAUCGCCCUGCUCACCUACGAGGCUCAGUUUUUCGACCCCGGGCAGGUGCUCUACACCUACGAGUCCCCGGCGGGGUACGGGCUGAUCGCGCUGCAGUUCGGAGCCUUCGUUUGGUUCUGCGCCGCCGUGGGCGCCACCCUGAGCGCGGUGCCGGAGAGGCGACAAUUUUACCUGCCCUUCCUCGGGGCUUACGCCUUCUGGUUUUUGGCCGUCCCGGUUUCAGCUCUCGUGGCCAAUUUUGGGAUCCCCAAAUGGGCUCGGGAAAAAAUCAUCAACGGGAUCCAGCUGGGAACUCACCUGUACGCCCACGGCGUCUUCCUGCUCCUGACCCGGCCCUCGGCUGCCAACAAGAAUUUCCCUUUCCACGUCCGAACUUCCCAAAUCGGCUCCGUCCCCCCCGGGACCCCCCCCAAAUUCCCCGGGGGGGGCUACGGGAACGUCACCUUCAUCAGCGACAGCGUCCCCAACUUCACCGAGCUCUUCUCCAUCCCCAGCCCGGGGGGCGGCGCGGUGCGGCCGCAGGUGGAGGAGACCCCGGUGGGGGGAGGGGGAGGGGUCUGGGGUCCCCCCGCCCCUCCCCCACCCAAGGGGGGGGGGCAGCUGCAGCCGCCCCUCCCCCACGGGGGGGGCCCCGAAUAUUUCAGCGUCCACUCGGGGGGGGGGCGGCUGCUGUGA